AUUGGGUGUUUGUACACAUGAACUUCCUCUAAAAAUGGCUCUUUUGUGGCUCCUCCCUUUCAGGUGCUGUGUACGUGUAAAGAGUACAAUCGCUACAGUAGCUACAUCAAGUCAGUUCAGUUGCUAUGGGAGAAGCAGUGCUGUGCCCAGCAGAAAACGCUUUUGAAGCAGUUCCUAGUCUUGCAGCAGCAAGGGGAGGUUCCGUCCCACAUCUCACUGACGGAUGUUAGAGAUUGGCUCAUUGCCAAGGGUAGAAACUACUUCAAGAACACUUUUCAGAGUGAAAUGGAAGAGGGGAAGAACCUUCACUUGGCCGAACUGGCUUGGGAUGUGAAACGACGCCUCAGGCUUAAGGAACUGGAAAGAGAAGUGUGCAGGGAGCUGCGCCUGGAGCGCCAAAUCCGCUGGUCGGUGAUUGGACAGCCUGGUAGCCAGAUGGGAGAUUGGAGACCCCUGGGCAUGGAGACACACACACCUCUGGAAAUGGACUCUCCCUUCAGACACUCCACCUCCUCGAUAGACACUCUUUCCAGUCAGAUCUCGACUGAGAAACUCGAGGUUGCUAGGCUACAUACUACCAGACCACAUAUUGCCAGACCACAAACUACCAGACCACAAACUACCAGACCACAAACUACCAGACCACAUUCUGCCAGACCACCAACUGAAAGACCUAGCAGUGACUCUGAUCACUCUGGAACCUUGUCUUCUGUGAUGACCUGCUCACCACAUUCAGCUAGCCCGUCAGUGAUUACUAUUAGGGACUUGCUGCUCAUGAUUGGGCACAUAACGAGCUCAGUAUUGGAGGAGGUAAAUAGCAUCCUGAUCCCUGCCUUGGUUGACCUUAUAAGGCUGAGAGCUUCAGAAAGUGCUGCAGAGAAUAUGCUCCCCAUGAGCAAAGACACCAACGAAGAUUCAACCCAGGGCUCUGUCAGCUGUACCUCCCUACUCUCCAAAGUCAAUGUCAUCUGUCUCACUCAGAGUCCUGACAGUAGGUCCUCCCCAAUCUCCAUUGAUGUACCAGUCACUGCUGUCCAGACUUAUUGUAGCAGCAGUUCUCUGUCCAGUGAGGAACGAGCACACUCUUUCUCCAGUCAGAUCUCUACUAAGAACCUCCUGGCUGCUAGGCCACGUUCUGCCAAUCCACCAUCUGCUAAACUACCAUGUGAUAAACCACAAUCUGCGACACCACCACCUGCUAAACUACAAUCUGCUAAACCAGAUUCUGCGAAACCACCUAUUGCCACUGACUACUCUGGAACCUUAUCUGCUGUGGUAGGUCGUGGGCAUGUCAUCCCUGUCAAACUGACAUUGGCCCCUUUCUCCUCCUUAAUCUCCAGCGAAGAGACCAACACCAACUUCUCCUCCAGCAGCCUCCCCUCCUCCUGCUCCAUUAAGCUUUCAGACAGUAGGAGUGUAAUUCCUUGCUCCCUGACUGUAAGCUCCAUUUCAAAUGUUCCUGGACCUGACUCUAGCAGCAGCCCUGUGCGGGAGAAUCAAUUUGCUACUGAGGUCUCGUCGAUCUGCCUCAGCCAAGAUAGAAAUGGCCAAAGAGGGAGUGUGACACCUCCAGCCCCUUUGGAUGUUUCCCUCCCCUCCAUUAUUGAGCGGGCUGGCGGACUUGUAUGUUCCGUCAUCUCCCAGUCUUUAGCAAUUGUGGAGGCGCGGUCAAGUGUGAAUGGUGAGGAGGGCUCUCCAUCUCCCACCACAGUCUCCCAUUCUCCUACAAGGGUGUAUGUCAGCCACUUAAGGAGUAGCCCACUAGGUGAGGACCUUGUAGAUUCAACACUUGCGGAUGUUAUCUCUGUCCUGAAAAUGGAGGGAAUUCUUUCCUCCUCUCCGACUUUGGAAGAGGAGCUGCUUGAUCUCUCCUCCAGUUGUUCUUCGUCAUCAAGCGAAACACUGCAAUGUGUGUCUGUUGGCCCUCUUGGCAGUGGGUCGGAGACGUCCUUCAAACUUCUUGGGGGUCGUACUCUGAGUAUCGCCACCCCAACGGCCCAUGAUACCACAGAGGACUUAGAAGUCUACAGUGAUGAGAUUAUUGACGAAAUCCUUACUAUAAUGAGGACCAAAAAAGAUGAUGACAGUGGAAGUGACGUCUCUGGUGCAUCAACACCAUGCAACACACCAGCACCACAGAGCCGGUCCUCUUCUGCACUGAGGGGAGUGCUUCCCCAUGACAGGAGGAUACUCAGCACAACACUGCUUGGAAUCCAGAACACACUAGAUAGUGAGAACCUCUCAGGAGAGUGUUCCACCUCACCACAGGACAAUGCCAGAGUCCUGGAGAUGAUAAAGUUGCUGCAGAGGCGCCUUGAGGGGACACCCUCAGAGUCCUCCAUCCAUAUCACAGAUGUGGCUUCACCCGUGGGCAUUCCUCUCCCUCUAUCUCUCUAUGCUGUUCAGUCGUGUGUAUUUGCCACUGACAAAGACCUGAAGGCAGAACGAGUGAGGGGAGUCUUUGAAAGCCUGAGAUCCCAGUUUAUGAGCUACUCCAUCAAGCCUGUGAGUAACAUCAUUACCAGGGCAACAACAAAGAUGGCUGCCUCCAAUCAGGUUAGUUCAGAGACACUCCAGGCAGCAUCAGCAAAAUCAUCUGCUGUGGCUCAGAACCUUAUUAGUUUGGUUUUAUUUAAAGUUGCCACGGUGUCCUGCUCUGAUGACUUAGAGGGUCUGGGUGAUCAUCUCAGAUGCCCCUCAACUUUGACCAGAGGUCUGACACCUUUGACCUCGGAGAAAGCUACACUGACGCCUGCUGUUCUGAAGAUCAGAAGGGAGAUGUCUAAGGAAGUGGCCACCGAACUCCAGUGUUUCUUGAUCAAGGAAUCCCUUACUGGCACCCAGACACCAUCCAAUGGACAUGUUUGCACUUCUGAAUCUGCCCCAAGGGAAGCUGUGCGGGACAUCCUGAGGAAAACCAAAGAGGAGGCUUUCAACAAAAGCCUGAAUAAAAUUUUCCCUGUUAAUUUGGAUGAGCGGCUCACAGACUCCAUUGCAGAUGCCUUAUAUCCGAAGCUGCAUGACAGACUGGAGUCCAAGAGAGAGCUGCAGGCUUCUUAUUACAGCUCCCAGAUCAUCUGUAGCCUCAGCCCCUUCAAAGUUGAGAGCAGCCUAGAGCUCCAGGAGUUCACUGACCCACUAUCUGAGUCAGUAUUGUGUCUCCUGGAUAGAACAUUUGGAGAUAAAGCUCAGAACUUAAAGACAGGUGGAGGGGUUUUACAAUAUGUCACAGACCCAACCUAUAAGAAGCAUUUGAUUGGACCCCACACCAACGACGUCAAUGUGGUUAUGCACACGAUUGCAGUGGAGGAGUUGCCUGUUGAGGGUUGUAUUGCGCAAAGUGAGGCCAUUCAUGGACUUCACAAGAAGCAAGAGUUACCUUCCAGCACCAGUGGCAGAGGGAAUGAGACCCCGAGCCUUACUAAUUGCCUACUGGAGGGUGUAGUGGGCAAACUGGUACGGAAGAUGCUAUUUCAGGGCCUUGACAUCCCUGAGGUACCCAUGAACUACAGCCGCUCUGAGAACUUUAAGCUACAGUAUGAACUGGUUGCAAAGCUUUGUCCUCUGAUGGUAAGGACAAUCAUGGCUACAACCAUAGACAAUCAACCACCUACUACUCAAGAAGCAGUGAUGUCUUCCGAGAACAUCCAUGUGAAAGAGCUGUGUGAGGCAGGUAUCAAACACCUCAAAGAGAACCAUGUACCCGAUGACUCUGAGACAAACAUCAUGGUCAGAGGGGCUUUGAGUGAAAUUGAAUCCUGUAUGAUUGAGACCUCCGACAAGGACUCUCCCAGUCUACAUUCCACACCAGAGGUGGUGGUAGACCUGAUCACCAAGCUGCUUCAUGGGUAUGAGCUUGACUCAGAGGACUUUGCAUCACCUGUGUCAUCCCCAACCACCACUCUCUCUGAUGUGGCAAUGGACAUGAUGGUUUCUGUCCUUCGGGACAUGUCCGAUUCCCCAGACGUUACCUCAGCAUUGGAAAUGACCAAGGAUCUCAAGACGCCGUACUCCCGCCCCUCAAGUGCAAGGAUUGUAAGUGCCCUCUGCAGAGAGCUGGAGGAGCACAUGGGCUCUGAUGCUCUGAGGCGAGCUUUGAGCCACGGCAGCGGGGAGAUGACAACAGCCAUUGCGAGUGCAGUCACCAGGGAAGUCAACCGUCUGGGUUCAAUGUACCCAAAGUCUCUGUCAGGCCGCUCUCCUCAGACAUCUGCCUUAGGGACAGACCAGGACAAGGUCAUGGUUAAGAGCCGAUGUGGCUCGGCUGAGGUGAAGGCAUCCCAACCGGUGUAUAUUAUUGUUCAUGUAGAGGCGGUGAUGGAUAUCAUUGUCCGGCUGCGGUCUCUGAUUGUUCCUCGGACCCAGGAUAAACUGGCCAGCUGGACCCUAGUUGGAUGGAUGUGA